GGGGCCGGAGCGUGGCCGGUCGCGGGGCCGCGCGUGCGGGACGGCGGCGGGAUGGCGCGAGGCGGCCCGGCCACCGUGUAGGGGCAGCGGUCGGGGGGCGCGAGCGGCGCCGGGAAUUCCAUGCAGCAUGUUUUCUGGGUGGAACUGCGUGGCCUAUGGACUCUAUCUGCUGCUGAAUAUUUGUUCUCUUGAAGCUUCAGGUGGACUUGUGCAGUCAUGUGGUCACAUCAUCCCGGAAUCUCCUGUAUUGGCCCUUGGUUCCAAUUUCACAGCAUUAUGCAUUCUGAAUGAGAGUUGUCUUGACUUUGGCAAUAUCUAUGCUAGUCAAAUUAUCUGGAAAAUUAAAAAUAGAGUGGUACCUAAAGAACAAUAUCGUGAAAUAAACAGAACAGUUUCCAGUGUCACAUUUAAUGACACUUCUUCACUAGCUACUCCUCUGACAUGCAACAUUUUAGCAGAUGGACAGAUUGAACAGAACAUUUAUGGAAUUACAGUUACAGUCGGUUUGCCCCCAGAGAAGCCCAAGAACUUAAGUUGCAUUGUGCAUCAGGUGUCAAAACUCACAAAUCCUAUGACUUGUACCUGGAACCCUGGAAGGCAUACAUUCCUGGAUACUCAGUUCAGAUUAAGAUACAGGUGGCCACGAGAGAAUUUUCCCGACUGUAUACCAAAAGAUGUAAACAAUUCUUGUACAAUUCCUGAUGUUCAGUUCUUUGUUAACCUGGAGAUCUGGGUAGAAGCAGCAAAUGCUCUUGGGAAGGCUGAAUCUGAUCCCCUUGUUCUUGAUCCCAUUGAUAUUGUUCAACCACUGCCUCCCCACAAUAUAACAGUCAACUCAGGAAUACUGCCAACUGUCCUGAAGCUUUCCUGGGAGAAUCGUAUUUCAUCUGCUGUGAUGAAGCUGAAAUUCAAUAUUCGCUAUAGGAUCACUGGUGACACAAACUGGAUGGAGAUUCCUUCUGAAGAUACAGCUUCCCCAAGAACUUCAUUCAGUGUUCAAGGGCUCCAGCCCUUCACAGAGUAUGUCUUUUCCAUUCGUUGCAUGAAGGAAGAUGGAGUGGGCUACUGGAGUGACUGGAGUGAAGAAAAGACUGGAAUCACUACUGAAGAUAAACCAUCUAAAGGACCACCCAUAUGGAGGAUCAUUGAUGCAUCUCACUCACCGGCUUCCUGGACUGUGCAUCUGAUGUGGAAGGCAUUGAAGCCUCCUGAAGCCAAUGGAGUAAUCUUGCAGUAUGAACUGACUGUCAGAGAUAAAUCAUCUCUCUCCAGUCCACUGAAGAAAUUCAAUGUUACCAGCACCAACCUUACGUUACAGCUGCCAAAUGGAACUUAUGAAGUGACUGUGAUUGCCCGUAACAGAGUUGGGGCAUCUCCUCCAUCAGUUUUACUUAUCCCAGCAAGUAAUUCAAAAGCUCCUGUGAAGAAUCUUAGAACAUUGCCUAAAUAUGACAAGUUGUGGGUAGGGUGGACUCCUCCUAACAAUUAUGUUCUUAAAUAUGUGAUUGAAUGGUGUGUGGUGUCCAGCCGCUCAGACUGCAUCAUAGAAUGGCAGAUUGCACAAGGAGAUGUUCAAGGAAUAGACUUAAAAGGUAUAAAGCCGUUCAAGUGUUACUUGAUAACUGUGUACCCUCUGUAUGCUGAUGGUCAGGGAAGUGGACAGUCUGUGAAGGCUUAUCUAAAGCAAGAUCGUCCUUCAAAAGGACCUACUGUUCAGACAAAAAAAGUAGGAAAAGCUGAAGCUGUUUUGACAUGGAGCCAUCUCCCAGUGGAUGAACAAAAUGGAUUUAUCAGAAAUUACACCAUACUUUACAAAACUAUUGAUGGAAAUGAAACAGUUGUGACAGUGGAUCCUUCCAAAACAGAGUAUACCCUUUCCUCUCUAACCAGUGACACACUGUAUACUGUGCGGAUGAUGGCAUCCACAGAUAAUGGAAGCAGGAGUGGUCCUGAUUUCACAUUUACUACGCAAAAAUUUGGGAAAGGAGAAAUAGAAGCCAUAGUUGUACCUGUGUGUCUAGCAUUCCUGCUGAUUGUGCUCCUUGCAGUUCUGUUUUGCUUCAACAAACGUGACUUAAUUAAAAAGCAUAUCUGGCCUAUAGUACCUGAUCCAUCCAAGAGUAACAUUGCUCAGUGGUCUCCUCAAGUUCCAGCUAAGCAUAACUUUAGUUCCAAAGAUCAGAUGUACCCAGAAGGCAGCUUUACAGAUGUAAGCGUCGUAGAAAUAGAAGCUGAUGACAAGAAGUCUUUUUCAGAACAAGAUUUAAAACCCUUUGACUUACUUAAAAAAGAAAAAAGUACUUCAGAAGGGCACAGCAGUGGUAUUGGAGGAUCCUCCUGUAUGUCUUCUCCCAGGCAAAGCGUCUCUGACAGCGAUGAUGGUGAAACGGCACAAAACACUUCAAGCACUGUACAGUAUUCAACUGUAGUUCUUAAUGGCUACAGAGAUCAAACUCCUGUACAAGUCUUUUCAAGGUCUGAGUCAACUCAGCCACUGCUUGAUUCAGAAGAGAGGUCAGAGGAUCACGCUGGAGGAGAUGACAGUCCAGCACAGAGGCAGCAGUAUUUCAGACAAAAUGGUGGUCAGGAUGAAACCAACAGAGACAGACCAUGCUUUGACAGAACAAAGCAAAUUACUCAUGCUAAUGAGGGGGAUCUUGUUGGAUUUGUACAACUGCAGAUCUCAGGUCAGAGUUCACAGCCAUUGGGCCUUGGGAUGGAAAAAAAUACCCAGGAAGCUGCUCUAUCAAAUGUUUUUCAGGCAAGUACUGAAGGACAAACUGUGAGACCUGAAACAGUGGAAGAAAAUCCCCUGUCAAUUGAUGAAAUGCCAAAAAGUUACCUUCCACAGACUGUGAGACAAGGGGGCUAUAUGCCUCAGUGAGAGAAGAGACUGGCUCUGUUUAGGCCUUCAUUAGUGCCUGUUCACAUUUUCCCCUGUGUUUCUGAUAAAUUAAGCUAGGUAUUUUUAUCUGAAUGCAGAUGGAAAUAUUGAAAUUAAGAUUAAUUUGACAAAGUACAAUAAGGACUGUGUUUUUGUGGAAAAUUUGCAGUCCAGACCUACUGGAGACUUACUUUUAUGCACUACAUAAAAUCUUAUUUCUAGAUAGCUGAACAAGCCUUUGUGCUAUACUGGGGGUUUUGUGUCUUUUCAUACCAGAAUUUCACAUGAAUGAAAAGAGCAAGUUUUAAUUAAUCACAUCAGCCAAUAGAAGAAGUACUUCACCUCCUAGAAGUACUUUGAUUUGUGACAGUGUACAAGCCUAAAAAGCCAACUCUAGUUGUGCAGAGCACCUUUGUGCACCAGUAAGAACUAAGCUUAGUAUUCUGACAUGGAAUACUUGUGUCAUAUACUUUUCAAUAACUUGUUUCACUUACUGAAUUUUGACUUGGCCCAGUGCCUUAAUUUUCAGCUUACCAGACAUUCAAAUCAUGUGUUUAAAAAUUAUAAAAAUUAAAUAUAACUUGUGGUGUGCAAAGAGGAAAACAACAAGAUUGCUUGAAUCUGAAUGCUACUACUAUUAACUGAUAUUUUAUCUACAUUUAGAUGUGUAUACAAAUUAACUAUAUAAUAAUUUGGCCUAAAAAAUGUGCCUUGCAACUUGAUGCAUGGCAAUUCAGUCUCAUGUUCAGAAAUUUAAAAAUCAGGUGACAACACCGAUUAACAGUUAUUUAAAUCAUUUUGUAUCCCAAUCACUGUCUGAUUCUACAAUAUCUCUUUCAUCAUGUCUUUGUUUAAUAAAUGCACCUUUGCUGUAUACAGCUUGAGAGGCAAGUAACAAGCUUUUACCAUUUUUCUAAUACCUCAGGAGAAAGGGAAUAUGACCUUUUUCCUGAUUGACUACAACUAUUAGUGUGCUGUAGCCUCACUGCUAAUACUGCGGGACCUUCUUGAAACUGAAGGCAGCCAAAGCAUUAAAAUCAUUGACUCUUUUGAAACUAAAACCAAAACCUGAAUUUGAGCUUUGGUAGAAUGUAUCUAUUAGCAAUCACGAGCCACAAAUAACACCUAGGGGGUUGUUAAAAUUCCUUACUUUUUUCUUAAUGUCUCACUUUUUUCCUGCUCUUAUGGUUUUCAAUAUUUGAAAAAGGUGAAUUUCUUGGAAACUGUCUCCACCAGUAUAAAGAAAAAUUAAAUUACGUGACAAUAAACCCCUUUUCCAGUGAUAAUCAGAAAUUGUAUGGCACUCCUAAAGAUUUUUUUGAAUUAUUUUUAAGCCUAACUUAGACUAGUCAGCUUUCUAAUCUGACACUAAUAAAACUGUAUUCCAAAACACUAAAUGCUGUGUUGUGAGAAUAAAACAAAUGUUUUAUUUCUCCUUCAGCAAAAGAACCAUAUAUUUAAGACCACCUGAAACCUUUUGUGCUGUGACCUCUGGUACUGCUGUUCUGCAGAGCACUUGCUAAAGGCCCUGGAAAGGCAUGUGUCAGUAUCAUUUCAUCUUCUCUUGUUCUUGUCUGACAGCUUGCAUGGAAGGGUGGGUGUACAUAUAAAUGUCCAUGUGUCUUUUGCUUCUGUUACAAAGAAAUUCAGUGCAAGAGUAAAUUCAUAAGAUUAUCUCUUUAAGACUGGUAUAUUUAAAACAGAUAAAGAAUACAGAACCUUUAACAUUUCAGUAUUCCACAGUUCGUUGCUCCUGACAGUAUUUUUCUGUAUCUGGGCACUUUUUUUUAAACUAAAAGGCUAUGUUGCAGCUUACUGUAAUUACACCUUUCAUCAGAAUAGUCCCCUUCCUUUUCACCCCACUGCACCUCAGCACCUUCAAACUCCCUCACAAAGGGCAAAGGUAUAAUGAAAACUCUGCUGUCAUGAGGCAGCAGAGACCAUCCUCCAUUUUUUAAGAUGUUUAAGGAGCAUUUCUUUGUCAGAACAUGUUCCUCUUGGAAAGAAAUAGCAGUUACUUUAGUGGGGGAUGGGUUGUCUUUUCUAUGCAAACUUUACAGUGACUGUAGAAACCACAGGUAAAAGGGAAAGUCUCUGUUGAGCAGUGUGUGUGCUUAUUAGAACUGCCCAGGAGCCACAGCCAUUUAACCCAUCUUCUCAUUUCUGAAAUAUUGUAGGCCACAACCUGGCUGUGUAGCCUAAACAUUGCUUCAAAGGUCUGAAUGUUUCCAAAAACGUGCUCAUGAUUUUUUUUAAUUGUUUUUGUGAUCCAAGGAUGCUAGAUUUUGAUAGCAUUUGUUAUUUGAGGGAGAAUGUCAGUUAUUCCUUAAGUUGCUAGUUGCCUUUCUGCUAAAGGGGAAGGCAUUUUAUCCUCAGUUGCUGUUAAUUGUGGACCAUUGCUAAUGUUAGAGCAUCAAGAGAUUCUCAUUUUUAAAAGUCUGUGCUAACAAGAGUUCUGGCCUGUCAGUUUUGGUAUUUUUCUUUGAUGUUUAUGGGCCAGUGGUAAUAAACUAAGAAUUGUGCAGGAGUGGAUCCUAGAGAGAGUUCUGGCUGGCAGUUAUAUGCUCUAACUUGAGCUUGUGCAUUUAUCUAGGGCUAAAAUACUAAAGACUAAGCAGGAGAUCCUGGUGAGUGAACAGCUUUGAGAAGCCACAAUACAUAUAAAUAACAGGUUUACAGCUAGUUCAUAAACCUAUGUGCCAAAUAUAUCACAUAAUGUUCAGGGUUUAACUUGAUUUUGUACUUCAGACUGUAAAAAUCUAAUUGUAUCAAAGAAUUGGAUACAGAUUUUUAAGAGUAUCUGUAGCAUAAUUAUAGCAAUCAACCGAAAUUUUCUGAAACUUGGGCCUAACAUAGUAAUUAAAAAGUUUUCUCCUCCUCUGACUAAUGGCUGCAGUGUACUUUACACAAUAAAGGCAUUAUUAAAGUAAAAUCACACUUCAGUGUAGACACUUUUAUCCAUCUUGACUUCCUGGACUGGAAUUUUUCAGGUAGGGGUGGAAGAAUAGUUGUAAAGACUCUUAAUUCGGUGGCAGGAAAGGGAUGCUAGUAGAAAUAUAAAGUAUUUUCCUGUAUUAGCAUAUUUGAAAAAUCUCGUACGUGCAGGCUGGCUAAGGCUCCACUGUUUACAAGGGAGUAAGUAGUUCUGUUGUGGUGGUUCUUUUAGACCAGAAGGUGAUUGGUGUUGUUUCUGGACCGUGUUGGUCCACUUUCAGGGCAGUUGGUCUAGAAAUAUCCACUCCCACUGUAGUGAAAGUCUUGGGACUGUUUCAUACACCCUAGAGUAGAAAACUACACUGCCUGUUAGGCUUUAACAUGGCAGCUCAAAGCACAGCAGAGCAGAAUUUUUUCUAAACUUUGUUCUGAAGAGCUUUGUGUCAAGUAUGUGCUAGGUUGUGCUACAGGAGCCUAGCAAAAGCUGGAAGAAACUUUGGCCCUGGGAGGAUGAGGGAGUUUGCAUGCAAAGGCUGAGGCCCAUUCUUGGGUACUGGAGAAGCCCCAUGACCUCAGGUGGGGUGUGGAGCUUCAGCUCUGACUGUAAAUCAUGAGCAUUGCCAGGCGAUUAAAACUUACAUUUAGUAUGCCCAGUAUGUGGGAAUCACAAGCUGAUUUAAAUUCAGUAACUGAGCUUGUUUAAUUAGUGCCAGGUCUUGAAUAUCCAAGACCCACAUCAGUAUGUGCUGCUGCUAUGCUAUAGACUUCUUAGUGGGAUCUGAAACUCCAAAGACUGUCAGAAUGUUAAUAGCCUGCCCCACUCGAGGAUAUAUGCGUUUUACACUGUAUUUUAUGUGCAUUAAAUGGGACUAAAUACACUAGUUUAUUUCCCCUUAUUAGACAGUGGUUGUGACUGAGAUUAACUGUUAUUUGGACACAUUCCUUUAAGUGUGUUAAAAAGUUCUCUUGACUGAUCAACUGUAAAACUUCAUUAAUCCUUGUAACCUCUUGUCUGUCUGCAAGGAUGGAUACAUAUAGCCAUUUUAAAUUCCCAAAGUUGCUUUUAGGGUUAUUCAGAAAAAGUUUAUGUGAAAAAUAUUGAGUCUUUUGUCAUUAAACAGCUGUUAGGGAGUGAUGGCCAAGCUCAGAGUCUCCAGCUUUGCUGUUGAUCCAGAAAACUGCAGUAAAGUGGAGGUAUAAGUGCAAAAGCCUGGAGAAGUUUGAAAUUAAAUAUCUUGAAUUGGACUCACAAAUUCUCAUUUCUCUUCCUUUAAAGUGAAAACAUCAGUUUAAAAAAAAAAGCUGAAAUGCAUGUAUAUUCGCUAUGACUGUUGUUUCCUUUGUAGUACUUGUGCAAUCUGAGCCAUUCCUGAAAAUGAAAGCAGUGCUGACUUCAUGCACAAGGAUGCAUUUCUAAGGCCACCAGAUUUGAUAAAACAAACUUAAAAAUAAUGACAAAGAGACAGAUUUCAACAAUUAUCCACUUCCCCCCCCUUAACUGUAGUGUAGAGAGAGGGUGGGCAGCAAGUACCUCCCAGAAUGCAGCCUUAGCUAGUACUUGUAUUUAUUUGCAAAGACAACCUUGAAGGGGAUAUAUGCAAUAAUGUCAUUGCUACUCUGCAGAAGCACACUUCUGUAACAAUAGAUGAAAAACACUUAUGGCACAACUGUUGACUGAUGGCUGGAAAGCUCCACAUCCUCCUGCUCAGCCUAAAGUGUCAGCUGUUCUCCAGUGAUCACUGCUGUGAUAGAUGAGCAUUCUCUGCAUUGUUGAAACUGGUAACACCUAUCACUUUUUGUCAUCAAAGCACAUUUGUUAAUGGAUCUAGUCAACUUGCCGUGUUUUUUUUAACACAUCAGUUUUGUUUACAGUGUCACAUAUAGCCUGACACUUUGAUACAGCCAGGGAUGUCUGGUAACCAAUUGCUUUUAUUUGGGGAUAAGGAGUUACUGGUCACCCAAUUUGCUGUGCCAAUAUAUGCAUCUAGGUAAGCAGAGGUGUGCGACACAGGAACAGAUACACCAACAAGGAAAGUGCCUUGAUGCUGGAUUGGAUGGCUAGUGAAUGGUGAAUGUAAACAUUAAGUUAAAUUUUACUAUGUACUUUAAGUAAGUAUGGCUGAUUAAGCUAGUGGUAAUUUGAAUGCCAGCUUUAAAGGGCUUGCGUACUCCAGCCAGAGGUUAAACUUGUAAAUUGCUGCAUAAGCUGUCUCUGUAUGGAAAUGUGUUUUAAUACUAGUUCACUGUCUUCAUUCUUUUGCAAGCUGCAUGCAUAUUGUCAUAUAAAAUCUGCUUUUUACAAUUUA